CACUUAUACACACAUAUACAAAACAGGUGACGACUAGUGUCAUUCUCUGGUAGUAAUUUCAUAAUACGCCAUUUUCUUUGUGUGCACUCAGUGAUCUUUCCACGAAAUAAAAAGGUGCAUUACAAUCGUACUAUCAACAAACAAUUAAGAAAAACAAAAAAACCCGAUAAUGGCAUCCCGCAAGAAAGUACUACUGAAAGUAAUUAUCCUCGGGGAUUCCGGAGUCGGAAAAACCUCCCUAAUGAACCAGUACGUCAACAAAAAAUUUAGCAACCAGUAUAAAGCAACUAUUGGAGCUGAUUUUUUGACUAAAGAAGUAAUGGUCGAUGAUAGGAUAGUUACUAUGCAGAUUUGGGAUACAGCAGGACAAGAAAGAUUCCAAUCACUGGGAGUUGCAUUUUAUCGAGGCGCUGAUUGUUGCGUGCUAGUAUUUGACGUCGCAGCCCCAACCUCCUUCAAAUCAUUAGACUCAUGGCGAGACGAAUUUUUAAUCCAAGCUUCACCCCGAGACCCCGAUAAUUUUCCAUUUGUCGUGCUGGGCAACAAAGUCGAUCUUGAGAACAGAGCUGUCUCCAGCAAGAGAGCACACCAGUGGUGUCAAUCAAAAAAUAAUAUCCCGUAUUUUGAAACGAGCGCUAAAGAGGCUAUUAAUGUCGAACAAGCUUUCCAGACGAUAGCUAAAAAUGCUUUGGCUCAAGAGAGCGAGGUGGAACUGUAUAACGAAUUCCCAGAUCAAAUAAAACUCACCAACGAUCAAAGGAGUAAUGGCAAGGGUGAUUCAUGUGCCUGCUAGAAUAUCAGGAGAUAAGAAUAACGAAAAUAAUUAUUUGGUCAAUCGUAAACACAAGAAAAAAAUAAAAUAAACACAAAAAAAAAUGAAUGAAUAAAUAAAUAAGAAUUAAUACAAUGCAGGUCAGAUUGUACGUGUGUGCUCUCUGUGUGUUUAAGUGUGAGAACCAUCGCAGCGAGACGUUGGUGAAAUUAAUAAGCAGAAUAAUCGGUAAUUGAAA